CACUUGAAGUAUUCGCCGUGGUGUAGUAUCCGCAUAUGCUUAUUUUCUCUAAAUUUGGCCACAUUCGCCAUUCGGCUGCGGCAGGCUGCGGUCAGUAGUACGGUUUGCUAUCUCCAGGCGGCAGCACAGGUGCUGGCCGCAUUUCUCUUUCUAUUUUGUUCUGUCGUUUUCCCCCAAUCAAAACAUCGCGCCCAUGACAGACGAUCAUGGCGGAUACCGAUGUGAAUGCUGAAAAAGAUCCUUCGGGAUCGACGUCCCUCUCGUCGAAGCGGGUGAAGGAGCGACGACACUACACCGAGGACUGUUUGCAAGACGACGAGAUCGAAGGCCGCAGAAUGUUCACCGUGGAGGAUAAAGUGACCAGCCCGGCGUUCACCUGUUCGUUCGUCAAAGAGAUGAAGGGUGAAGACUUUACUCUGAAGUAUCUACAAGAACAUGGCUUUGAGUUCCCCCUGCUCUUCAAGAGCAAAGCAAACAUGGGAAUGAGGUUGCCGAGCCAUAAUUUCACAUGUAACGACGUUAGACAGUGUGUUGGGAGUCGCAGGAUCCUGGAUGUGAUGGAUGUGACAACCCAGAAGGACAUUGAGAUGACCAUGAAGGAUUGGUGCCGCUACUUUGAGAACCCAAACAGGGACAAACUGCUCAAUGUGAUAAGUCUCGAGUUCAGCCACACCAAGCUGGAGAACUACGUGGAGUCCCCGAGCCUGGUUAGACAAGUAGACUGGGUUGACGUCGUGUGGCCACGACACCUAAAAGAAAGCCAGACCGAAGGAACCAACGCCAUCGAGGACAUGAAGUACCCCAAGGUUCAGAAGUAUUGUCUGAUGAGUGUGAAGGGCUGCUACACAGACUUCCACAUCGACUUUGGGGGCACAUCGGUCUGGUAUCACCUUCUCCGGGGCCAGAAGGUGUUCUGGCUGAUACCUCCAACCAAGCGCAACUUCCAGCUGUACGAACAAUGGGUCCUCUCAGGAAAACAAGGGGACGUCUUCUUUGGUGAAACUGUGGAGAAGUGCGACCGCGUCACCCUUAACGAGGGUGACACCUUCUUCAUUCCCACUGGAUGGAUUCAUGCUGUGUACACUCCAGCAGAUGCACUGGUGUUUGGUGGAAAUUUCUUGCACAGCUAUGGCAUUGAGAAGCAGUUGCAAAUAUGCCAAAUUGAAGAUGCCACGCAUGUGCCUGUCAAGUUCCGGUACCCCUUCUACCGUGAGAUGCUGUGGUACGUGCUGCAGCGCUACGUCCAGUGCCUUCUCGGCAUCAACCACCUCACCUGCAACGAGGAUGGUGACCCGAUUGAUGCUACCAAGAGGGGCUCCUCCCAACAUAUGCAGGCGCAGCAGCAAGGUGCUACUGGUGGGCGCUCUUUUGAUGGCAGCUCGUUCCUGGACCUGAGCACGCUGUCGCCUAAGCCAAAUGGUGCCGGUGCUGGCAGUCCCACGGUCCCCAACGAGGACUCGCUAGACUCUGCAGAGGAACCAUGCCGCCGGAGCUUUCCCCCAGGUCACGUGCACCUGACACGAAGAGAGGUGGAUGGUCUUCGGAUGAUCAUCCGCUGGCUUCAGAAGUUGCCACCCAACAAGAAGUUUGUACCUGAUUUGGUGAGGGAUCCUGAUGCACUGCUUGCUGAUGCAAAGCGCCUGGUAAAGGAGCACAAGCAUGAUGAUCCAGUGCUUGCAAUCACUGACAAACCGGUGCUGUUCUGGUCUGAGAGCAAGAAGAAGAGCAAGCCGCGAGUGGGUCUGCCCCCGCUGGGAGGCAAGGGGUCGUCCAAGGGGGGCCGGGGCUCGGACAAGGACAAGAAUGGGGCCCGGCGGCGGCGCACGCGCUGCAAGAAGUGCGAGGCCUGCCUGCGUGCCGACUGCGGUGACUGCCACUUCUGCAAGGACAUGAAGAAGUUUGGCGGGCCCGGCCGCAUGAAGCAGUCCUGCAUCAGCCGCCAGUGCAUGGCUCCCGUACUUCCGCACACAGCGUGCUGCAUGCUGUGCGGGCGAGACGGCUGGGAGAAGGGCGCCCCGCAGCCCGGCUCGGACCAGGAGGCUUGCUCGUCGCUCAUGGAGUGCUCCCAGUGCUGGGAAAUCGUGCACCCAGCGUGUCUAUCCGAGCGCAACCCACAUCUCGUGGGACUGCAGGGCAACGUCAGCGAUGACCUGCCCAACAGCUGGGAGUGCCCAAAGUGCUGCCGCGACGGGAAGCCCGACCAGGUCAAGCCACGGCACACUCGAGGUAGAAUGUCGAAAGGUCCACAGGAUGGGAAGUCUGAGUGCGAGUACCUGCCGGGUCUGGAAUCAACGCCACCAGUUCCAGGCAACCCUGCGCUCAACUUGACGUUGAGACCGUACGAGGCGUCGGGCGAGCUUUGCACAAGCGAGCUUGAUCCAUGCGGUGCUCCACCAAAAAAGAAAAUCAAGACAGAAGGACCUCAAGAACUUCUCGAGUAUGACGGCGUGCCUUUGUCAGACAAGCCGGUUCAGCACCUGCCAGCAGCAGUCAAGAACGGAGAUGCGAGCGACGAGGAAAUGUACGAGAGUGCAGAGGCAGCAUUAAGCAGGUCGCGCAAGGAUGACUACGUCCGAUCUUGUGCCCGGCUGACCGUUGUCCCGGGGGACAAGAUCUCGGCGACAAGCUCCCACGACCAGGUGGUAAAGUCGAUGCGCAGCUUGCACAAAGGUUCAGAGCCAGAGUUCGCCGAGGCAGCGGCCAUCCCUGCGGUUCCUGCUGUGUCGGCCAUUCCCAGCGAGGAGCCUGAGGUGAAGAAUGGCUUGGCAGCCAUUGCUGCCAACCCCCAAAGUGUCGAGAACAGAGACGACAGGAAUUCUUCAACCACCACCACAAAUGGGGCCACUGCACCUGACCUCCACAUCACGAGCAUGACCUGCGGGCAGCCGCCGGACUUCAAGUUCAAGAUGACCCUGCGAGACCGCGGUAACUUGCGCAAGCCUCUGCACUUAGUUCGACCUGCACCGCUCCCUGAAGAUGUGGAGAAAGCCAAGCAGCCUGUGCAGAGAGUGCAGCUGGAGGACGGCACCACAUGCUACGCGCUGAUGCGCGAGGUGAUGGUGCCCGUCAUGCGCUACCUCGGUCCCCAGGACUUGUCACAGUGCCAGCUGGUGUGCAAGGCAUGGAACCGAUGGUGUGUGGAACCUGGCAUGUGGCGCCGGGUGGAUCUGUCGCGGCGCCGCGUGACGGCACUGGCGCUGGCGGGCAUCGUAAGAAGGCAGCCCUGCUGCCUGGACCUGGCCUGGACCAAUGUCUCGGCGAAGCAGCUCAGCUGGCUGCUGCCACGCCUGCCGCACCUGCGAGAGCUGGGGCUGAGUGGGUGCUCGGCGGCUGCCGUGGUUGCUGCACUGCGUUCAGGCGUCUGCCCCCGCCUUCGCUGCCUCGACCUCAGUUGGGUCGAGGGGCUCGGAGACCAGGCGGUGCGAGAUUUGGUGGCACCCGAUGCUCGCUCCAAGCCCCGUCUUCUUGUUGAGGUCCGGCUCGCGGGCUGUGACAUCUCGGAUGUGGCGGUGCGCUUGCUGGGGCACCAACUGCCAAACUUGAGCCGUUUGGACUUGUCCAACUGCCGCGGUGUCACGGACAUGGGUAUAGCAGUGCUUGGAGCUGCCAAGGCGUCACGACUCACAGCGCUUGACGUUUCACGGUGUGCCAAUGUGUCGGACACAGGCCUUGAGGCGUUGCGACGUUGUGUAGGCCUGCGCCACUUGGAUCUCAGAGACUGCCCGCAAGUGACCGAUGCAGCCUGCCGCCGCUUUGUAGCACAAAGCCGCCUCCCUGUCGUCCUCAAGGAGAGCAAGCUCAUACAAGUCGCCACUUCAUAGGAAGCGACCUCUCUUGCUCUCCCUUUCCGACUUGUUCCACAACGUAUUAAGUCUCUGGUUAUUUUCAUUUCAUACAGAUCUCCCAUUUGGGCUGCAGAGUUGAUACGGGCAGUGACGCCACUUUCUAGCUAGCCAUGUAAACCCAAAAACAGCAACAUUCGUUGAUCAGUGCUGUUCUGGCAGUUGAUUCGAAUGUGCUUGGAAUGUUUGAAGGAAGCAUAGUACACUGUGAACUGCUCGAGAAUUGUUUUUAAACUACAGGCAGUAAAUUUGAGCUCUUGAAGCAGCCUGUCAAACUCGGGCUGCCUUCUCUUCUGCAGACUAAUUUUCAAUUUUACCCUAUAGCCGAAGCAGACUUUUAACACCUCAAGCACGGUUUCUUCUUUUUUUUUUUAGAACAGUCAUGGCUGUCGUUGCUGUGUUCACAUGUUUGAUCUUCUCGUCACUUUGAGUGUAGUGGGGGGCUUUAUGCUGGCUUCCUACUGACAAAGUACCUCAAGUGCACCUUCGUUUGUUGUUGUUUGAGGCCAUCGUUCAAGACCUCUAGCAUUAAGCCAGUGUUAUGCUUUCCUCAGUUUUUUUUUUUUUUUUUUACACGUUAACUGUACCUUUCAUAUAAUGCGCAAUCUUUGUUGAGCAUUUUGUAUACUUCAGACAGGACUCUUCAUUAAGCAGUUUUAAGCGCUCUUCCUAGAAGUCUGCUCAUGUUUUGUACAUUUAGUUUCAUUUAGAUUGUGUUCUCGUUGGCAUUCAAUUCUUUGCAGCUGACAUUUAUUUUACUGUGCUGUGGGCAGUAGUGGCUGUUGCAUUUCUUGAAGCAAAGUUGCUGUCAACUUGUUUUGUGCAGUAGUGCGUGGUAGCACAUAACCCAGAGAUUGUAGCAUUGUAUUUUUUCUCGCUUGUAUCAUGUAAUUUAUUGAACCCUUCAUAUUCAUUCUUGUCGCUGCGUGCAAAAGCUCAUGGCAGUUCAUCACAAAAUUCUUGUGAAACCAUCAUUAUUUGUAUGCAAAGUUGCAAGUUGUAAAUACUACCAGAAGCCAUCUACAACUUUGGUGAGCACAAGACACCGAGUGGCUGUGUCAUUUUCGUUGCAUUAUUGCUCAUUAGCGUGUUUGUGUGUUGUACAUAAAUGAAGCCAGUGUUGCUCAUGAUAUGUAAAACAGUUGGCUCAGUAAAAUUUUGUAGGUAAGUGCG